GACACGGGUGCCUCAUCAGCAUCGGGAAUAGGCACGGCUGCACGCACACCCCUUACUUUAAACGUGAACAAUACGAUUUCAGAGCAUCCCUGCAGUGCCGCUUGUAUCAGUCGAGUACGACCCCGCCGCAAUUGCGAAAUAUCAUUUUCUGCCAUAAUCGGUUGCACUUCGUUUCUAAAGUGGACCUAACACCACCUUACUAUCUUGACAUGGGAGAUAUGGGGGACCCACCGAAAAAAAAACGGCUGAUUUCAUUAUGUGUUGGAUGCGGAAAUCAGAUUCACGAUCAGUAUAUUCUUCGGGUUUCUCCUGAUCUGGAAUGGCAUGCAGCGUGUUUGAAAUGUGCAGAAUGUAAUCAGUAUUUGGACGAAUCGUGUACCUGCUUUGUCAGAGACGGAAAAACCUAUUGUAAAAGGGACUACAUCAGGUUAUACGGGAUAAAGUGCGCAAAAUGCAACAUAGGGUUCAGCAAGAAUGAUUUUGUUAUGAGAGCGCGCACCAAGGUGUAUCAUAUCGAGUGUUUUCGGUGUGUGGCCUGCAGCCGGCAGCUUAUCCCCGGGGACGAGUUUGCUCUGAGAGAGGAUGGCCUGUUCUGUAGGGCCGAUCACAACGUUGUGGAACGGGCAACAAUGGGGGCUAGUGACCCUCUUAGUCCUUUACACCCGGCAAGACCUUUACAGAUGGCAGCAGAACCCGUAUCGGCUAGACAGCCUGCACUUCGACCACACGUCCACAAGCAGCCGGAGAAAACGACUCGCGUCAGGACGGUCCUCAACGAGAAACAGCUACACACUCUUAGAACCUGCUACAAUGCAAACCCGCGACCAGAUGCUCUCAUGAAGGAGCAGCUGGUGGAAAUGACAGGCCUAAGUCCUCGAGUCAUCCGGGUCUGGUUUCAAAACAAACGGUGCAAGGACAAGAAAAGGAGCAUUCUAAUGAAACAACUUCAGCAACAGCAGCCCAAUGAUAAAACGAAUAUCCAGGGUAUGACAGGGACCCCCAUGGUGGCCGCCAGCCCGGAGAGGCACGACGGCGGUUUGCAGGCAAACCCAGUGGAGGUGCAGAGUUACCAGGCACCUUGGAAAGUACUGAGUGACUUCGCACUGCAGAGUGACAUAGACCAGCCUGCAUUUCAGCAACUGGUAAAUUUUUCAGAAGGAGGACCGGGUUCAAAUUCAACUGGGAGUGAAGUUGCAUCAAUGUCAUCUCAACUACCAGACACACCAAACAGCAUGGUAUCGAGUCCUAUAGAGGCGUGAAUGGGACCCAUCGAACGAAUGAAAGGGAAAAAAUACCACUGAACAGUCUGCACUGAUCUCUUCAUUUGAAAUGUACCCUCCUCUCAUCUGCACGAAGCCUCUUUGUUUAAAUAACCCAGGCUGUGUUUGUACACUGUGAAGACAAUCAUGGGAUUUACUUAGAAGAAAAAUAUGUGCUUCUACGCAGAUUUCAAAAGUAUUCCACGCAUAACAUCUGAGAAGAUAUCCAUGAUAAAUAAAUAAUGGAAAUUCGGAAUUGCAUUUAAAAAGCAUAGAUAUAGUUUCAUACGAAAACGGCGCUGCCUGUUUGGGAUGAGUUUGGUAACAGCUCGGCCAAAAUAAAUAAAGCGAUGCAAUGCGUAAAUGGUGCAGUAUUUUAGUAAAGCUGUGGACUUACGGAAAAAUCGGGACGCAGUAUUGCAAAGAAAUGAUAUCGGACAAAAGCAUUUAAUGUUUUCAGAAAGAGGCAUUGCGGGCUGCAUUUAACUUGACUUUGACUGACACAAGGACUCACCGGCCCCGAUUUCAUGAAAUGUUUCAUGAGAUUUUUCGUUUAAAAUUAACGACUUAAUGGAGAUUGAAGAUGUACUGCUUAUUCGACUUUUUGAAGAUCUUCAUAAAAGCUCAAGUAGCCUAUUAACAUUGCAACACGGUAUACCUCUAUUUUGCCACAAGCUUCGUGGGAAUAUUUUGUGUGAGUUUGUGUCUGUUCAAGAACCUUUUCCCAAAGAUGUGCAUAGUUAUUGACUGAAAAGAAACCCGUUAUUACCCGUUGUUUUGUUUUUUCUGUUCUUGUUCUAUAAAAAUAUAAUUUAUUAUUUAUUGUCGAAAGACGUGCCACUUUUCAUGUAUCUCUGAUUGUUGAAGUAAAGAGAAAAUAUUGUAAA